GUUGGUGUGUGUGCUUUGCGUGUUUCAUAGUUCUUUAGCCCUUUGACUUAAGAAGAUUAAAACUACAAGAGAGCUUGGGUCCCUCUGACAUCUAAAUGCCAUCAGCGGGGCGGCUGCUUUGGAACAGUGGGCAAAGUGUGGGGUAAUGAGGGAAUUGUUCAAAGCUAAACACACCCAAAGGCAGGAAGAUCACAAAGUGUACCCUUUCCUGCAUCUGCCGUUCUCUGCUGUCUAAUCUUCUGCAGAGUUAAAGUUCAACUGACAUUCUUUCUUUAGGGUAAGAUGGAAAGUAUCUUCUGUCACCCUUUUUUUUUUUUUUGCCUUUACAAAGGUGAUUGUCCUGGCCUUUUUUCCAGCUGUUGCUUGCAUUAAGAGUCCUCUACACUGGCAGGUGGAGUACCUAUCUGACUGACUGAAUUUAUAUCACCAUCAUGUCAUGUCUUUGAUCAAGAGCAUGGCAGGUGUCCUGCCUCAGGUUGUACUGUGAGAAACACUGCAUGAGGAAUCAAACUACUUGUUUUUUCAUUUGGAUGUUUUAUGCUGGAUGAGCAGCCCAAGAUUACAAGCGACCCCUGCUACAGGAUGAGAGAAGUUGGUGAAGUUUCAGGGUUAGUUUCUCCUUGUCUCUGACUUAAAAUGUGCUAAUUUUGAUGGCUAGAUAUCAUAUGACUCAGCCAAGCUUGUUAUAUACAGGCUCUGUUCUGCACCCUUGCUCCCAGUUUACUCAGGUGAGUAGUCCUGUUGGCUCAAACAGGCAUUUUAUAGGUCCACACAGAAUUAGUCACCCCAGGGGCCAAACCCUUCUAAACUCUUAAUGCAGCAGUUAAGCAGUGCAAAGGGCAUCACUUGCCAUGGGUCUUUCCUCUGCCUGCAGAUCUGCUGGAAAGGAAUGUGACUCUGAGUAAUUUCCAUAACAGCAUACGGGGAAAAUAACUCAUUAGGGCUCCUGCAGAUGGUUUAUCUUGUGGUCACCUCUGCAGAGGGGCCUCCCUGCUGCAGGACUCCAGAUUGUGCUGAUGCAGCAUGAGACUGGCUUUGGCAUUGUUAGAGCACCUGUGUUAGCUUUAAGCCUAUUCAUGUUUAAAGGGGGUGGCAAGGAAUUGCUGCUUUCUCUCAGACAAGACUUGGCUGCUGAUUUUUUUCCCUACUAAUGAUCCCCCUUGACCUUCUAGUUCAGUGACUAAGCAAAUAACCAGACACAGAGGACAGAGGCAACCUCCUUCUAAACCGUUUCCAAUAUAAAAGGGGUUUUGUUUAAAUGAGCCCAUUGGCAGAGGGGACCUGUGACAGGUCUUUCAUGCCCGCACGCUCUGUGCAUGCAGAAGUGGUGACCCUGAGGAUGAGAGGGAGGAAAUACCAGCUGCUUUUAAGUUGUCAAAGAUACACUAGCAAUGCCCAGAUCUGGGAGAAGGGGGAAUGCAAGGGAGCGUUUGGCCCAGGUUGUGCUUAAGAUCUCUGAGCAUCUGUUUUGGCUAAAGCUAAUAAAGGUGAUGUUGACACUCGGAUUCGUAAUUAAGUUGAUAAGCUCUUGAAUGGGGUUACUUAAAGGUUGCCAAUUCAGAUAGGCUGGGAGUCAAGGGCCUCCUGGUUUCAGUGGGUGUGCAUGAUGUAGCAAAGGGGGGGUGCUCCCUGCUCUAAAGUACCUACCAUUUUGAUUGUGCAACAGGUGUGUGAAAUACCAUAUCUUCUCGCAUAUGACACAUGCCCUUUCCCACAAAUCACCUGCUGGAAAUUGAAGUGUGCACUGUUUGCGAGAAACACAGUAAGGGCAAUUUCUGCUAGAAACUGCAAAAGCAAAAGGAAAAUCUGCAUGAGACUUGCGGGAAGCAGAAGUGGGAAGACUUAGCUCCCUGGCUACUGUUGCUUGGUUGCUUGCUACAAGGAAAGAUUUUUUUUUUUUCUUCUUUCUGCCUUUCAAAAAGCAAGGUGGGUUAUCUUAUUCCAGGGCAUGUAGUAUGUGAGAAAACAUGGUGAAUAGCAGUGACUGGGCCUGCUUUUACCUAGUCCUCUGUGCCCAUAAAAAUGCUCCUUUCCUGCCUAACCACCCCAUGGCAGUUGGCCACUACUGAGUUUGCAGGGCAAUAUAUGGCUUUGAGUGCAUUGUACUAGGCAGUGAGAAACAUUAAGGCUUAGUAUGACUUAGCACAAACCUGCACAUCAUCUCCUGAUUAGUGAUCAUUGCGGUAGAAAGAAAACUGAAGUCACUCGCAUGUUUUGAGUGAUCGUUCCAAGCUUUUGGUUUCUAACCCAUGGCAUUUCAUGAUGGCUGGAAAGCGCUUUCUACAGAAUUAGGCCUAGAAAACUUCAAGUAGAAAGUUAGAAACAGGACUGCUCAGAGCAGUGGCUCAUGUAUCGUGGAUGAUCUAUCACCUCUCUCCGCCUAGGAAUGUGUGCCUGAGGUAGGGACUUUCUCUAAAUGAACCCCUGACUUACCACUGUUGUUGGUGAGGUUUUGAAGUGGUGAUCUGGAGGGUUCCUUUAGUUAAUAAUUGCUUGCGAACACAGGACUAGACUCAGUAGCCUAGGAGGCUCUUCCAGCCCUGUAUUCUUACAGGUCAGUGAUGUAGUCCCUGCCCCAAAGCAAUUUAUUGUUCACUCUUGCACAGCAGUUUGAAAGGAAGGAACCUUUGCUGGCUUCGGGUCCUGGACUAGAACUGGAAUGACUUGGGUAUUCUGUUCUCGGCUCUCGCACCCUUCAGAUAAUGAUUUUCUUUGUGCUUGUAUUUCUCCUCGGUAAGAUAUCUCCUGAUGUGCGAUUGUUGCAAGGACCAAUUCAUGAAUGCUUGUGAGGUGCUUAGAUACCACAGGCAUAUUGGAUUAAGGAUUCUCCCAUGGGCGAGAGGAAAAGAAGCUUCAAAAUUCGGAUCAGAAAUUUUAACUUGGCAGUAGUUUGGGCUUGACUUGCUGUGAACAUGCCAAUAUUGUAUAACACCUGUCUAUCGCAUGCUCUUGUGGGCCCUGGAUCAAGGCUUUCAGUUCAGGCACUUUUUUGAGCACCAAGUCUGGGUUCCCUACAUAUCCUUCCUUGAGGAAGAGAGGUUAGUUUCCCUUUUUUUUCCAGCGGUCUUUCUCUGCCAUUGGUGACAUGCCUACAAGACAGCACCCUGAAACCACAGAACCAUAGUAUCCCUUUGGGUCCCUCAGUCUAAUGGGAGGGAUACAAGAGUGCGACUUUUGGGAACCUCCAUCCAAAGGGAAAAGCUUUCCCUAUGCAGAGGUAUAGGCCAUCCUGGGAGUUUGAUAUUGAUACUCUUCUCUGUUUUGUGGACUGUGCUGACAUCUGCUGGAUGCUAAUGAAUCUGAAGACCUUGUAAACUGAGCCAUGGGACUCCCUGAAAGCGAUGAUCUCUUAGCCUGCAGGGCCUUGAAACAUGAUGGAGAAGGGCUCUGAACCAGGAAGCAAGGCUUAUAAGAAACUCCCCUGUAGAACAGGAACAUGCCUACCCCUAGCAGAGUCAAACUUUCGGGCUUGCUCCCAUUUUCUAGUGCUCCAUUUAAGCAACAUUGGCAUCCAUGCAUCUUUUAUUGAAACAAGUUCUGAUCUCUAAGAAGACUGCAGCCGGAAACUCUCUCCUAAGGAUAUUUGUGGGCCCUGCUCUUCAUCUGUAUGUGCAUGGGGAUAACUGUUCCCUCACUCCUGUGUGUAGGAAUGGUAAAAACAUUCCCAUCUACUCCCACUGCCCCCUGUAGCUUCAGCCAAGCCGCUUAAUGGAAGCCCAAAGGGGAGAUGUCAUGGGAGACCAUGUCAAGAUUAAACUGCUGAAUGGGACUGUAGCCAGAAAAAGAGUUGGAAUGUCUCCGAUUCCCGUCACAUCAUUGGUCAUGUCAUUUCCACCGUCUGUGACCACAAAGAAAUUGAACUAAAGCAUCUCGCCAUGUUUACAAAAAAAUUGAGCCAAAGUUCAUGGAAGUCGGAGUCCAUGUCUCUGUUGCAAGAUCUGCUGAACGAGGUCAAUGGUGUGAAGAUGGCUCAGGCCUACACGGACAACAAGAUCAAAAAGAUCAAGGAAAAGCUUGGCUGGCUAAAUCCCCAGGAAGUUGACAGUCAACUGCAGGUCUGCUUCAUGGAUCAGAAGAAUCUGAAUACUGAUUUGAAAAGUCUAGAGCAAAGACUGAGCCUCUAUCCAAGUCCAGAAGAACUGAGUAACCUGGUGCGAUGGGAAAUUCUGGAAGACUGCCUCGUGACAAACAAAGGCAAGACCCCACCUUCUGCAUCCCAGUCUGUGGAGACCAUCAUAGGCCAGACUUCUCUGACCAGACACCCAGGUUUAGCCACUGACACCCCUGCCAGGAAAGCCUCCGCCAUUGGGGUGGGGGCUUCAGGGAGCCAGGUGGACUCUCUCAGAACUGCAGGGGGUACUUCCAGGAUGCAGACUGGUUCUCCUGGGACCCAAGAGAGCACCCCAUCAGUUCAGACCAGGAUGGCUGGAUCGCGGGGAAGACCUCCCUCUGUGUUGGGAGGGACCUCCGAAACCAGGGCAAGCACCCCCUCUGUGGCAGCAGGGACCACUGGGACCAGAGCAAGCACCCCCUCCAUGCCAUCAGGGAGCCCUGGGACACGAGCCAGCACCCCCUCAGCACCGCCAGGGACCCCUGACACCAGGGCAAGCACCCCCACCACACCUGCAGAGAUCUCAGGGGCUCAGCCCAGGGCUUCAGAGGCCCAGGCAGGUGGUCAAGGAAUCCAGCUAGAUUCCCCUGGUGUUGGGCCCAGUUCCCCAGGGACUCAGACUGGGCCUGCUAGAGUGUCACCUGGGGUUGUGGGGACCCAGGAAGGUGCUCCUGGGAUGGAUGUUGAUGAAGUGUCUCCCAGUGCCUGGCCCAAUGCCCCAGGGACACCAAUGGGGGCUCCAGGGACUGAGGUGGGACAGCCAGGCACUUGGCUUGGCUCACCAGUCACUCCAGGGAUCCAGGCUGGGGCUGUUGCUCCGCCAGUUCAGGUGGAUGGUCAGGCAGGGACUCCCAGAGCCAGGCACUGGGCUCCAGGACUUCCAACAGGUGUGCUUGUGACUCAGAUGGCUGUUCAAGCAGGGGCUCCCAGCACACCGGGGACCCAGGUGAUGCCUUCCAGAGUCGGGCCCAGCAUGGCAGGAACCCAGGUGACACCUCCUGGAGCCUGGGCUGGUGCACCAGGGACCCAGGUGACACCUCCUGGAGCCUGGGCUGAUGUACCAGGGACCCAAGUGACACCUCCUGGAACCUGGGCUGGUGCACUAGAGACCCAGGUGACACCUCCUGAAGCUGAACCCAGUGCACCAGGGACCCAGGUGACACCUCCUGGAGCCUGGGCCGGUGGACCAGAAACCCAGGUAAUGCCUUCUGGAGCCUGGGCCAGUGCAUCAGAAACCCAGGUGAUAUCUCCUGAAGCUGGGCCUAGUGUGCCAGAGACCCAAGUGACACCUCCUGGAGCCUGGGCAGGUGUUCCAGAGACCCAGAUGACACCUCCCAGAGCCUUGGCUGGUGCACCAGAGACUCAUGUGACAUCUCCUGGAGCCUGGCCCAGCGCUUCAGGGACCCCAGGGGACAUGCUUGUGCCUCAGACAGCUGCCCCAGCAGGACCUCCAGGAGACUGGACUGGUGCUCCUUCAACUCCAUUGGCCAUCCCAGGAACCCAGGCUGGGCCUCCUGUAGCCCAGCCCAGCAUGCCAGGGCCCCAGGCAGGCUCCCUAGCAUCUCCAUUGGGCACCUCAGCAUUACAGCCUAUGGCACCUGCAGCAGCAUCCUCCUCUGCCACCCAGCUUGUAGUUCCAUCUGGGCCUUAUGUCACCCAGACCCCCUUGGCAGCAUCUCCUGAGCAGAAGGACAAGCUCGGAGCCACCGUUUCUUUCCUACGUGAGUCCUCUGCAUCUAGCAGUACUACCAGCCGCUACAGCGAAACCAUGGAGGCCCUGCGCCAGAUGGGGCAGCUGGCCAACCUCUACGCUGCCCUGAAGGAGCAGGUAAACCAGCUGGAAGAAACCAAAUGUACCUACUCAGACCUCAACAAGCUGAAGCAGCUCCUCUUGGAUGCAGCCCGGAAGAACGUCCCCAGCCUCCCUGCUGCUGUCCUGGACCAGCUGUCAUCCUUGAAAGACAUGGCAGAGGACAUGAGAAGCACAAAGGAGAAGGAUGAGGAGCUGCUGAAUCGCAUCCAAAGCACCAUCAUCAAUGUGCAGGAAGACUGCGAGAAGCUCAACACUAUCACAGGGAACCUCAUCGAAGAGCAUCGCCAGAAGCAGAAAGACAUUGAUGUUCUGUUCCAGUCUCUGGAGAAACUGGAAAAGGAGAAAGCAGACAAGGAGCAUCUAGAGAUGGAAAUCGAUGUGAAAGCUGACAAGAUUGCCCUGGCUAGCAAAGUCAGCCGCAGCCAGUUUGAUGCCACCCUGGAGCAGCUCAACAAAAUGAUCCAGGAUCUGCUGAAUAAGAUGACAGGGCAUGAGCAGGACUGGCACAAAGUGCUCGACAAGCUCGUGGUGGAGAUGGACUCCAAGCUGGACCGCCUGGAGUUAGACCCAUUCCGGGAGCAGCUUGAGGAGCGGUGGAAGGCCAUCCGGAAGCAGCUGAAGGAGAAGUCUCCACAGUAUGAAGCAGAUGAAGCAGCUGGGAUCAGGAAGCGCCUGCUGGCUCAUUUCCACUGCAUCUCCUGCGACAGACCCCUGGACAUGGUGGUGCCUGGCCCGACCAUCACACGCAUCCCCUCUGUGCCAAUGCUACCGACUCACCGCUCUGUCCGGCCCUACACUGUCUACGAGCUGGAGCAAGUCAGGCAGCAGUGCCGCAGUGACAAGAUGGCAGAGAUGGAGUGUGGCUACCUGUCUGUACCUCGGCAUUGUGGCGGCAGCCACACCAUCACCUACCCCUACAGGCACUACACACGGCUGCAGCAGAUUGCCCAUUGCAUGCCAGGGCACCCAGGGGAGACAACUAUGCUGGCAGUGAUGAAGCGUGACGAGGUGGAUAUCCUGGGCCUAGACGGACACAUCUACAAGGGGCGGAUGGAAACAAGGCUACCAUCCAUUUCAGGGAAGAAUGGUCCUUUGAAAACCAAAUCCAAGCUCUCCCAAUCCUCCUUCCAGAAGCAGUCGGCAGUCAUGGAUGUGGACAGCUUCCCAGGACGCCCUCAGAGUGCCAAGCUGUCUUCCCUCAGUAACACAGCGAGGUCCCUGAAGGACAGGCCAGUGUCAUCCCAGGGUCGACUGUCCCAGACAAGCCUGAUCCAUCCACCAAGUCCAACACAACCCCAGGAGGAAAGAGAUGACUUUCCCAUGCAGGAGAAAGAGACCCUGGAGUUUCAGCUCACUGUGCCCAUGGGCCAGCAGACGGACGAGCAGGCAGCUCCGUUUCAGUGAUGGUGGUGGCAGACAAGCGGCUCUCACUGGCGGAAACCAGGCAAUAAAGCGGGAGCAGAACAGAGGGGGGGGCUGUGUGCAUGUGUCACUGCUGUAGGAACAGGGAGCUUUUUGUGCAGGCCCUUCUACACAGCAACACACUUUCUGGGGGUCUGGGCAGGCCCUGGCUUGCAUGGAAACAGCCCUUCCCAGGGCCUUGCAAGGCUUUCUCCCUUGGUAGCUUUGUCCCAGGAGAUGGGGGCGAAUAUCAGCUUCCCUGGGUGAACUGGUUAGAUACCAGCAUGCGAGCCUCAGCCUCCCCUCGUAGGGAUGCCUCAGCCAAAUGAUGGCAAAGUUAGUGGCAUGACUGAACGACAGGUGCCAGAGCAAGGGCAGGGUCCUGCUACAAGGCCUCGGGUUGUUCUCAUCCUGAGUGGAACAAGAGGCUGAGUGGCACUGCCUUGGCACUGUGGACCAUUCAGGCUGGGAUAUAUGGUCUUCACUGGCUGCUCCUUCAUACUAAAGAGCAGGGGAGGAUGCAGCCUGCUUUGCUUCAUCCCCCUUGGGGGUAGCCCUCUGGCUGCUGGGUAAGUGUCCAGUUCUGCCACCUUGUGGAUACCCCUUGAGUACUCUGGCGCACAGGUGCUGACACUUGUGGGAUCAUCUCUCUACCAGUCUUAUUGAGGUUUGCAGAGCAGAAAGGCUCCAAGGGAGAGACUACUGUAUGUACUGUGCAUAAUGCUGCUGCUCUUCCAUGCAUCUUCCAUUCUCCAGCCCUUCCACAGAGUGUUUGAUCCUAAACAGGCCUUGUCUACAUCUCUCCCUGGCUCUAGUUGCAAUUGCUGCUAGAGCUUAUGCACAUCCACAUACUUGUGGCAGCCCCUCCCGUCAGCAGCUGUGCUGAAGGAGAGCUAUAUGCACACCAGGAAGGAGCCCCUGCUGAAGGGACCAUGGCAGCCAGCAGAAGGUGUGGGUUUGUCACCAUGCAUCUUCUGCCAGAUGUGGGAUGGUAGCAGAAACCUUUUCACUUGGCAGAGGCAGUGUCAUGCUACCAGCAGAAUGCAGGCUCCUGCCCCCACAGAGGAGCUUGAGUGUGGACUCACUAGCAGAUUUGCCAGGCGAACAUUGCAGCGUAGUCUAGACUUGAGGUGGCUUCUUGACUAGAGCUGAUAGGAGAGCCUUCAUCAAUAUGAUGUGCUCUAGUCAGUGGGUCACAGGCUUUGGUCCUUGCUUUAUCUAGAGGAGGGCCAUGUCUAGGGUCCCAGAGUCUUCAGAAAAAAAAAUAUUUGCCCUAAGUCCUCUCUGGGCAGAACAUCCAGAGUGCAGGAGGAGCCCAGCCAUUCAUGCUCAAGGAAGGGCCCAAGCAGGCAGCAACAACUUUCCAGUGCAUCUCAGUUCAAAGUCUGUGCUUUUCUGCAAAUCCAGUGGAGCCUAUAGAGUUGCACUGGUGUGAAGAACAGCAGAUCCUGGCUGAUUGCAUUUAGAAAGUGGAGUCUCCAGCGCUACGCAGGCUACAGGGCACAAGCACUGAGUAAAUGCUCUUGACUGGGUUAGUAAUUACAUCCAGUUGGCUCAAUAGAUGCCCUAAAGCUACACCAUACUCUUGAGUUCCCAGCGGCAUUUUGUCAUUACGCCUGGCUGUUCUCAUCUGUGAUUUGCAGCAGAAAUUCCAGAUCAUUUCAUGUCUGCUGUGUAAGAUGAGCCAGUGCUUGGCACCGGCUGUGGCAAUAACCUGCCAACCCAUGACACCCACCCAGGACAUGGCUGGCACUUGCUCUUGGGACCUCUAUCUAGCGUGCCAGCCUGAGGCACUUGUUCUGUCACUCGCCCACUCCCUGGUGCUUAUCCUACAAAACCUGCUGCUCCAGACUACUGCUUCUGGCUAGGGGUAUCCCUGUGCUGCAAGCAGAUGUUUAUGACUUGAGUAUACAUUGCUAGGCUAGCUUUAUCUCCCAGCUCAGGUAGCAAUAGCUGUGAAGACACUGCAGGACUGGCCAGCUGUUGGUGUGAGGACCCAUGGUGGUAAGUGGGGCCUGUACAGCCCAGGCUGGAGCCUUGUAGUGUGACCUCACUUUUAUUGGACACGUUAGCUCUGGUGCAAGCACACCUGCUAUGUAUACCUUCAAUGUACAUGGAGGAGGACAGACCCCAGGUCCCACAGACUACAUGAAAGCCCUGUCUUCUCACAUCCCUUGGAUGAUUCGCAGGAGGAAGGAGAGUAGAGCCUAAAGCAUUGUUUACCUGACCCACCUUCCUCUGGCUUGUCAAAGCAAUCGUGACUGGUUAGUCAUCUGAAAUAUGUCAGAGCCUGCAGAUUUAUUCACCCCAAGGGCUUUUUAUGGGGCCUGACUAGUCCCUGCAGUGCAGCCGUGGUAAAUUUAUCCCUAUUGAUUUGUCCAGAAUAACUUGCUAACAUGUUAUUGUCCAUAGAUGGGGGAGAAACGUGAGCAUUUCUGCUGUGAUGUGCUGCUGCCAUAGAUUUAUCCCAAAGUUACCCUCUGUCUGGCAUCAUUGUUUACAGGCUCUCACACAUUUCCUUUUAAUCAGCGUACCUACUUUAUAAGCUGCAGAAAACCCCAGAGUACCUGCCCAAUGCGCCUCCUUUUUGCCUGUUUCUAAUGAUAAAGCUUCUUAGCCCAAGUGGAGAAGGAUUGCUUUUAGAUUGGCUGUCAAUCACUGGAACUUGCAAACAGAGACAGCCAAUCAGUCACUUACCCAAAUAACUGUAGCCAACCUUCAAAUACAUUGAUCCCAUCCAGUGUUUUGCUAUUGGCUUUGACAGAAUUGGGAAAUAGGCCACAAUCUCUAUUUAACUGCAUCAUGCACCACCAAAAAGUGAGGGCUUGCAUUUCUUCUCACUAGCCAGGUGCAAUUGGACCUCAGAGAUGCAAAGUCAGCAUUUCUCUCUCACACCUCUCCAGUCAGACCCAACGCCUUGCCCUGCUUAUCAGGCUGCAGGUUCUGCAAUCCUGGCGUCCUACACAUUCUGUCUGCAAGGAAACCAGAGGGAGACGGCACAAAUGCUGGAGAUCCUACGGCAGAGGUUGCCAGCUAGUUCACCCUUGUUCUCACCCUCAUUUGGUAGAUGGCAUUUCCCAUGCAAAACCCAUUUGCUUCAGAAAGAAUCAUAUAGAAGGAAAAACCUCGAAGCUCAGUUUGUGUUGAGAGUGAAUACAAUAUUACUUCCAUGGGGUUUGAUUUAAAGCCACACAUAUCCAGAAGCAGGGAUUUCCUAGGGUGGUAGCUUUUAUUGGACCAGCUGUGUAAUUGGGAUAGGGUUAGACAAGCUUUCGAAGGCAAGACGGCAUUUGUCAGGUCCAAUCAGAACUUCAGGGAAACAUUCUUGAGCAGAAGGGAUAUUUGCUUGCCUUUCUGACGUACACCUGCAUUGGGGAUUUAUUUACACAGACUCAACCUUAUUCAUGUGCCAAGCUCCAUUUGACAUCAUGGUAAUGCCAUAGAAAUGAACAGUGGUGAUGCUGUGGUGAAUCAAGUCUGCUGCUUGUCAUGUGCCGGGGUGAUGGGUGUGAGCCCUGUGGCAAUAGAUCUCAGAGGUCCCCUUGUUACUGGGGGUAACCUACUUACUGGGUAAAAGGCUUGGAGCUAAUUGUAUUUUCCAGAUGAAAAAUAAACGUUUGUGGGCCACUGACUGACCUAGGAAAGGGAAAGUGCGGACACUGCUGGUCCUGGAGCUCCAGAACUCCCUAAAACCAAGGAGGGAUGGGUUGGGUUUUCCUGACGGGACCCAAAAUAACAGUCAUGGAUUCUUAAGUCUGUUAACUCUUGCAAAAUCCCAGCCUGUGUCCCUCCAAAGAUUUGAGAGAGGGAGGAGCAGGUGCCCCAGAAUGUUUCAUCAAGCUCUGAGCAACUACACCAGCUUGAGCCCCACUUGCCCCUUUGUAGUGACCUGCUCUUACGUUAUCCUCCGGAGGACCCCUUGAAACCCCAGGCAGAACACGCUCAGCUUGCCCAAGACAUGCCUCAGGGGCCAGCACUGAGAUUCAAGGUGAGGAGCCUGGAGAACCAGUCGCGAAAGCCUUAAGUCCCAGAGCUGAGGCCAAACUCAAGGGCUGGGAAAUAUUGAGCCCAUUCGAGUGUUACACUGCAGCCUGCAUGAGAGCAGUACUUUCCCAGGCACAGGGUGAUGAGUGCCCCGGGUACUGGAAGGGCCAGUCAAACAGCCUUGCUAUAAUCCAGUCAGGCGAGAAAAACACUUCAGAGCAGAUUGUUCCUAUAGGGGUUGGAUGUGCUGUUAACAGCUAGAAGGCUACAGAGACUUGGGACUGUUUUCCCGUUCCCAAAGCUGCUGUUAGAAGUGAAUUUGCAAACCACUGGCAUCAGAGACGCCUUGUGCUCCAGAAAUCACAUGCAAAAAUGCAUGUUUUCCUCUGAUGUUUUUAAAGCAAGUUCUGCUGGCAAAUGAGCCAGCAGGAAUGGCCCAGCCGCCCUCAUUUGAGAGCUCCCUGCUGAAAUGCUACCCAGCCAUUUCCUCCUUCACCUGCACUGCUGCUCCUAGGAGCCCAUGGAGUGCCUGGUCCGAGCCACUGAGCUAUGAGGACCAAUUCCCAGCCCAAAAGGAGGCUGGGACCCAAACACCCAAGCAGACCUGAAACCCAGGGAAACCAUCCACAGCCAAACCUGGGUCCAGGUGCAUCCCAGCUCUCAAGUGUGUUCUGAGCUUGGAUAAAUACCCACGUGGGUCACGGUUCAUGAUUCAUCCGCUGCGUGAGCAACCUGCAUCUUCAGCUGCUAAAGCUCCUCCGUGUGAAGGACGGAUGGAAACCAUCUGCUUAGCUCCUCCCUACAACUUCCAGCAGGAUGCUCUGGUGCAGAUGGAGAAUUUCAUGGGCUGCCCUUGCUAUGGCUACCCAGAGCACCUGUGAUUAAUGAACACACCGUUGGCUAUGGGGAGCUUUGGAUUUUCAGCAAAGCUGGCUUUUCAUAAUUUCAGCCCAAAUUCAGGCAAAAGGUCUGAAUUUCAGCUGAGUUCUUUUCUUUUUCUGGCCUCCCUGGGCCUGAGGCUCGGAAUAGGCUGUGGGAAGUGAAUCCAACGGACAUGGGUCAUAUCCGACAGAAGCUAUCAACCCGCACCAGCCUGAGAAGGUGAAGAAACAGCAAUGAAUGGUCCUGCAUGUUGAAGCCAUUUAUCCCAGUGGCUGCUGUGGUGUUGAUCCAUUAACCUUUUCUCUCCUCUCCACCCCUUGCAAAAUACCCUCAGCUGCUUCCCUCCACACCCACUAGCCAAAAGCAGAAACUCUGCUACUUUUGGAAUAGAAGAUGGGGUUUAUCUCUUCCCUCCUUCUGACUGAACAUCCUGGCUGCCGGUAGGCCCCAUGACAUAAAUAACGGUGGAGGAGUCAGCAGCUGUUGCAACAUGGUUUCCUGUCUCCAGAAAAAGAAACGUGACCCCUGCUCCGUUCUCUGGAGAUUGUGUUUCUAGUUUCCCUGGCUGUUGAUAUUGCUUUGCAUAUCCUCCCUCUUGCCCUAAUUUGCCUUUCCAAGGUCCCUUUGCCAGCUGGCUCCUCCCCGCUUCAUUUCAACAGGGCUCUGGAGUGUGCUAAGGGCGAUUGCAACACCUCAAGAUAGGAACAUGGAGUUACUAAUGGUGAAGGAUUGAUGGGGAAAUCACAGCUGCUUUCAGCAACACAAUGGAGGAGCACAUGGCUUCGUCAACCUCUGCCAUGGAGGAUACAGCAAAAGAACAGAGCAAGAGAGAGAGGCAGCACUGAAGUGCUUCCCCUCUCCCACUGUACCUUCAGAUGAGGCACGGAGUGAACUCGGCUUGUGUGGACCCACCUCCCCUGGCUUGAGGCUCAACCCGCUGGCCAACCCCUCAUUGGCGUGGUUGCAUGCCGCUAUCCACAACUCCCCAUGCAACUCCAGUGCACCCAUGCCUGGCACUUCCUGCCGUCAGCUGCCACGUUCCUGCAGCUGCCUUCCGCCCCAGUAACGGCUACCGCUUCUCUGUGAAGAGGAACAAUAAAGUCUUAAAUGGGGCUCCAGGCUUCUCUGACAUCUGAGGAUCCUUUUCCCAACCUAUUGUAUCUGUUCAUUUUAAUGCGUGUCCCCUGGAGUGGGGACUGUGGGUAGGACUUAUACUGCUGUGACUGCAGAUGGUAUAGACCAGGGGUGGGCAAAAUGCAGCCCAUGGGCUGGAUGCAGCGUGCCAGGCCAUUCCAUCUGGCCUACAGGACCCCUAAAAAAUUAGAAAAUUAAUAUUAUCUGCCCCUGGCUGCCUAUCAUGCGGCCCUCGAUGGCUUGCCAAAACUCAGUAAGCGGCCCUCCACCCAAAAUAAUUGCCCACCCCUGGUAUAGACAAACCCCAGUUUAGCUUAGAUGGAACUGGGCUACAUCUCUGUUACAAUUACUGUGUAGACUGGGUUGUACAGCACUAGCAAGGCUGACUACUGACUGGUUGGUUCUAGGCGUUGCCACGAUAUACAUCAUCUGCUACCCUUUGUUCUGUAGUUGGAUCCUCUGUGCGAUUGCCUGCAGGAGGAGGAAUUCAAGGGAAUGGUUGCAACAACAAUCACAGCAGCUCAGUGUCUCCCCCUCCCCGCUGUUCCCUGCUCAUGGUUAAUCCUGCCCAGCCCUGAACACAGCUGAAAGAUCCCAAAGCUGGGUGCAGUGCCGUCAGGACAUGGUAUGAGGAAAUGCUCCCCUCCCACUGCCUCUGCAAAACCAAAUGAGACAGUGUCUGUUCCCAGAGCCAAAGCGCUGACUCUUCUGGAGGAAAGGUGAUUAGAGGAGCUCCAUGCAGCCGCCUUUACGAACACUGCUGGCUGACUGUGUUGGGAAGGGACAGUUUGUUAAAAUGGGGAAUGCUGGGAAGGGCUCGUGUGUAUGCGGGGGUGAUACAUGCUCGGUGGUAUACUAGCAUGGGUACGGAGCGAUCAUGGCUCGUGUAAUGUUUUGAGAGAGAAAAAGUUUAGAGGCAUAAAAAGUAGUGGCUGUACAACAUAAAGCACUAAACGGAGGUAACUGUCCAGUCCAGUGGCAAAAUUACCCCUGAAAGAAUCAGGAGUAAAAAUUUCCUUGUGCAAGUUGCACAUCUGUCUGUGCUCAUCCCAAAGCAGCUAAAGCAGGGGCGGGCAAUUAUUUUGGGCAGAGGGCCGCUUACUGAGUUUUGAGAAGCCAUCAAGGGCUGCAUGACAGGCAGCUCAGGGCUGAUAAAUAUUAAUUUUCUAAAUAUUUUAGGGGCCCCACGGGCUGGACAGAAUGGCCUGGCGGGCUGCAUCUGGCCCCGGGCCACAUUUUGCCCACCCCUGAGCUAAAGGCAAACAGGCUUCUACCUGCUCCCCCACGUCUAGUGGUGAGACACAGUAAUAGCUGCCCGCUGAGCGAGCUACCCAGGGAUCUCCAUUUGCCUGUCCCCGACUGACCCUGGUGUAAUUUAUUUCAGUAUAUAAAAACAGCAUCAUUUACA